AUGGGACCAGAAGGACCAAGGGGACUAGAAGGAGCCAGAGAUGACGAAGGUGGUGACCAAGAGAAGACGAAAGGAGUGACCAGCGAGGACGAACAGGCAGGGAGCCAGGGAAGACCAGAGAAAGGACCAAGGGACCAGAGAAGACGAAGGAGUGACCAGGAGGACGAAAGAAGGACCACGGAGGACCAUCCAGACCAAGGAGGGGACCAGGGCACCACAGACCAGAGAGAGGACGAGAGAGACCAGAGAGAAAGAGGGAAACUGCGAGGAACCAAGAAAGACAAUUUAGGACCAGUGAGGGGCCAAGGAGAGCCAGUUAAACCAGGUCCAGGACCAGUUAAGACCAAGGCAGACCACUUAGGACUCGUUAAGACCAGGAAAGACCAGAGAGGAACCAUUGACAGACCAGAGAGACACAAAGAACCACGAAGAGAGACCAUUGAUGACUAG